AUGUGCAUUGCCCAGCAGCAAUCGGGCUACGGUAUGACUGUGUUUGUCAACCAAACACAGCAAGAUGAUUUUGGUGGCGCCCACCGAAGUUCUGAUCAAAAGGGCAUGAUUGUUAAAAAUAAACAUACUUCAGGAACUCACAUACGGAUAAGGCAGAACAUGUUCACGAUGGGCUUCUCAUCAAUAGUUCCGGACUUGCUUCCUCUAAUUUCAACUUCCCCGCUCUUGUACUAUGCAGUGAUUGCGGUUGGUGCUUUAGAUGCGAACCGACAUACCGGUGGACGAGUAUUACAGGGAGAGAAACUCUCCUAUGUGGAUUCCAUGACCUUUUACCGUAAGUCAAUUAGUAUUUUGCGGUGCUGUGUCGGAAAAAGUAAUGUGAUGCAAAGAGAGGACGCUCUCUGGGCCACCUUUUUUCUAGGGCUGUUUGAGUUGCUUUCAGACGAUUCGGGCCAAGGCUGGGUUAAGCACAUGCUCUAUGGAACAUCAAAAAUGCUCCAGCUUGCAGGACCAAGUGAUUGCAUGUCAACGGCCAGAAGGAUAUUCUACGACCUGUUUCGUAUUCUCGAAGCCAGUCGAGCAUUACUCUUCGAUGAAGAAACAAUCCUUUCUCAGGAAUGCUGGCUUCGACUCCAAAACAGCUUGUCGAGAAAUGCCACUCGCUGGGACCCCUUGGAAGAGAUUAUAACGCUCAUGAUUCAGGCAUCCGCCUUCACCCUACGAGCCGGUGCUAUAAUUGAUAAGAUUCCUGAAGAAGAACGUUUCACGGAUCCAUCAGUUGCUCUGAUUGCGGCUGAGGGACUCGAUGUCCAAGGAAAUAUCUAUAACUGGCACACGAAGACGCUGCUGCAGCUGGUCCAGGAUGGUCCUAAUGAAUAUUCAAAAUUAGCUUUGCUAUAUUAUCACGCGCUACUAAUCUUCCUUUCUGGCAACUAUGACUAUUUCACCUACUGGGAUAAUAUCCCAGCCCCGGUGUUAUCCCCUGCUGAAGUUUCUGAACACCUGAGUUCGAUCCUGUAUCUCUCGGGAGAGGUGUUGCGCCACUCCAAGAUCCCAGGAGUGAUGCUAUUUUUCCCAGUAACUGUUGCAGGAGCUCGAGCCCGGACGGUCGAUCAACAAUCCGAAAUUCUGAAUCUGCUCAGCCUGGUCUUCUGCAAAGGGUUUGUGGUCGCAAACAAGAUACGGGAACUGCGAAAGAAGGAGUAA